AUGUCCGAUGAUCAAUCCUCCAGGAACCAAAUCUUCUACUUUGUUGACUCCAAUUCCUCGUCCCGCGAAAAACGGGCUCAUGUGAUGCGUCACCAUGUUCAGGAGAAACGCCGGCAGAGGAAGUCAUCCCACUCCCGGGCGGACGGCGACCGGAGGGGUAGUCGCCCUCUUCGCUACUCCCCAUGGCCUCAUAAGAGGACAGAUGUAGACAAUCAUGAUGAUUACGAAUCCAUUGCCCCUCAGGAGGUACCCAGCGAAACUUCAGUAAACGGACAUUCCUUGAUUCCGUUUGGUCUGCCUCCUGUGCAAUCACCACCCGAAUCGGUAGAUGGAUACCAGUCACCUUCACCUGUCACUAUGCUUGAUGCCUCGAGGAAAGAUCCAUUCAAUUCUCUUCCAGGCGUCUACUCCCGUGAUGACCAAGAGCUGGCCGACUACUGGACUAAUCGGCUAACCUACUGGUCGGGCCAAAAUAAAUACAUCAAAGACCUUGUGUUCAAGGCCGCCAUGAGCCACCCAUUGUGCUUCCAAGCAGUCAUUCUCACCUACUGCGCCCGCUGGAAAGCCCAGCUCUACAACCUGAAAGACAGCGAGGAAGCUCAGUAUCAUCUCGACAAGGCCGUAAAAGGAGUCGAAGAAGCAAGGAUUGGAUCUGCGGGAGUCGACGAAGAUAACCUAGCAUUGGCACUAAGUGGCAUGUCACUACACGAGGAUCGGUUUGGUGACAAGCAAGUCGCUCGGAAAUACGAAGACCAGGCUGUCGAAAUCCUCCGGUCUCGAUCCGGCACGCAGAGCACGGUCGAGGUCUUCAUGCAUUACGUGCGAUACGUGAUGAUCCCGCCACCGAUGGAGAUGAGCGAAGAGGGGAAGCGCUGGCUCGUCUCUUUUCUUCAUGCAGCAGAGCAGCUGAUGCACCAGCAUAGCACACCUUCAUACUUAGAGUCUGUACCCCAGCGACGGACUGCUUUCCAGAUGGAUAGUCCCUUAUUUCCUCUACUUUCCAGUGGGCCCCGUCCUUCGCAGGUGCCUCAGGAUUACCGCAUGUAUGUUGUGCGCAAUGCGCCCACCCAGGAGAUAACUAGAACCGCAGCCUUGAUCUACAUUACCGCGGCGCUGUGGGAUCUGGCAGCCUCGGAGAACAAAACCGGGCGGUUUCUCAACCAUCUCCACCACCUCGUGCGACUGCACAACCUGGACCGGUACCCAGCCUGCGAGACCUUCAUCUGGCUGCUCCUGGAAGAAGGCUAUGGAGCGGACCUGAAGGAGUCGGAACGCGGAUGGUCCACAGGCGAGCUACUGAAGAUGCACAAGCAGCUCCGACCGGACCUUCAAUUCCAAUACAACGAAAUCCUCUUCAGUCUGCUCAUGCUCCAUCCGCCAAUUCGAGGAAUUGAUGCGUUUGAGGAAGAAUUGCUUGGGCCCAUUUGA